AAAUUCGCCUUGGCUGUGGAAUUCGCCUUAUCAUCACCUGUACUGAUUUUGGCCGGAUUCUUGUGCAUUCGCCUUAAUUCAUUUGUUCAUUCAGUAAAUUUUUUGAUAUUGUUGAAUAUAGUUAUAGUGCUUGUGGCGGUUGUGCUUUAAUCGGCUAGAGAAUAAUUCAUAUAUUUUUUAUUUUGUGUUUAAUAGUUGUUUGACAUUUCUACUUACCCUUAUUUUAUAACAUAUAUUCAUGUUAUCGAAUAAAGUAUUAUAAAUUGAGAAAUAAGUUAGCAAAGUGUGGAAGAAUCCAAGUGUUGUCGCAUUUAGUUUGGUUGAUUCGCAAUAGAAGAGAGAAAGCUAUUUAAAGUGGACGGAAUUGCAAUAAAUGCACUUUUCAUUAUUAAGCUGAAUUAAAGUAAAAUCAAACCGACAAUAAAAAAAACGAUAUUUGGGAGAGUACGAGUUAAGUGAAAUAACACAAUACUACAUAUAGGUGCAAUAAAAAUACUAUACCUAAGUAAAGGCAAAAUUAUUUGUAUUGAAGUGCAACUCGACCCGGCAAACUCACCCAGAAUUUAACUACAUCGAACAUAAUUAUAAACCAAAAUAAAACACACACUAUUGCUGGCUUAUGUGUUUAUGUGAAUUUUAAAUUUGUUUUAACUAUUAUUUAGUAUAAAAAGCUCACAUAAGCAGUAUGUCGGGGCUAGCAGCAAAAAAUCAGCAGCACCAACGAGACGUCGAAAACGGUCUUUAUCCACAAGUUCCAACAGAACGUGGCCAAUCAAUACAAAAGCCAACACCUUCUCGACCGCCACCACGACGACAAGAUACAAUCGACAUGGAAGUUAUACCCUUGAACCGUAGUCAAUCGGCUCCAGCAGGUGUUGAGGCAGACGACCGGCGACGCGCUCGUCGUAUUUUUGAUAACCAUGAUUCCGAUGGUGAUGGCUACAUCAGCACGCACGAACUCAAAGGCCUUAUAAAUGCGGGUCUCUGCAGUGACAUUCCCGCUUACAUUGCUACACAAAUUUUGCAAAAAUCGGAUGAUGACAGUGAUGGUCGCCUGGAUUUUGAAGAGUUCUAUCGAAUGUCUCAAACACACAAAUGGAUGAUUAGGAAUAUUCUCACGAAAUAUUGCCGUUUAGUUGUGCCGCCACCGAAGGCAAUCGAAGGUGAUCAAUUAGAUGGUGUCUACGAAAAGCAGAUGUCUGUUUGUCCUCCUCCACUAACUAUGGUUAUGUUUUCUAUAAUCGAAAUACUAUUCUUUUUAGUAGAUGUUAUACAUUUUCAAGAUGAUCCCAACAACACUGCCAACAUCGGAGAGAAUACGAAUGGCCCUGCAGCAACACUCUUUAUUUACAAUCCCUACCGGCGUUACGAGGCAUGGCGUUUCGUCUCGUACAUGUUCGUGCACGUGGGCUUAAUGCAUCUAUUCAUGAAUCUUGUCAUACAAAUAUUUUUGGGCGUCGCUUUGGAGUUGGUGCAUCAUUGGUGGCGUGUAGCUUUGAUCUACUUGGCCGGUGUACUGGCGGGCUCUAUGGGCACUUCCUUGACAAGUCCGAGAAUUUUCUUAGCCGGCGCAUCUGGUGGCGUUUAUGCACUCAUCACAGCGCACAUUGCAACAAUUAUUCUGAACUAUAAGGAGAUGGAAUACGCCAUUGUGCAGCUGUUUGUAUUUCUAAUUUUCUGUUUCACCGAUUUGGGCACCUCUGUAUAUCGUCAUUUGUCUGAUCAACACGAUCAAAUCGGUUAUAUUGCACAUUUAUCUGGCGCCGUAGCGGGUCUAUUGGUGGGCAUUGGCGUACUGCGUAAUCUAGAAGUUCGACGUUGGGAGCGUAUACUCUGGUGGAUCGCUGUCAUACUUUAUUUUUCGUUAAUGAUGACUGGUGUGCUGAUACACGUACUCAUGCCCGCAUAUUUUCCACGCCAAGAAUUCAAUUAGAUAUAGAUUACAUGCGUUCACGAA